CAGGCUAUAUCUAGUUCAGCAACCAUAGAAUGACCUCCCUGAUCGCGUAUCGUCCAGUGUCAUCGUGCAUCGAUCACAUUAGAUUUAGUCUUAAGGACGUUAAAGAGUACUAUUAUACAAUGCCAUGCGUGUUAAAGCUUAUAACUUCACAACUUAACAAUUACCUGUUGCCCAGAUCUGAUUUAAUAUCUAUUGCAGCUUUUAAUUCUCUUAAGUCAACUAUAUCCAGGCUGCAUCAUAGAUAGUGGCAUUCCCCAAAGGGCCAAAACUAAGAUUUACUCAGUACAGUAAGAUUUUAUACUCCAACUUGCAUGAGAUAUACAAUUAGCUUCCGAGAAUUUAUUUUAGCCUACAAAUACUCAUAUCUUUAUUCUGUUGGAAAUAUCAGCACACACAGCAGAGGAACUCAAGAAAUGGAGUUGGCAAUAUUACUCUCCCUCACCUUUUCGAUCUUGGCACUUUUGUUUACAGCUGCAACAGCUGCUUCGACUCCCGUUGAACAUAGUUUCCAUCAAUGUCUAUCUCAAAAUUCAGACAUCCCCGUUCCAUUUUCCACAACUUUUUACACCCCUAACAACGCUUCCUUUACAUCAGUUCUUGUAUCCAAUGCACAAAACCUCAGGUUUAUUGAACCAUCUGUUCCAAAGCCUGAGCUCAUUUUCGUACCAUUUAACAUAUCACAUAUCCAGGCAGCUGUAAUUUGCUCAAAACAACUCCAAAUUCAGCUACGAGUACGUAGUGGUGGCCAUGACUAUGAAGGCUUAUCUUAUGCAUCAGAUACAAACCAACCAUUUCUUCUACUUGAUCUUUCAAAUUUUAAAUCCAUCAUCGUCAAUAUAGAUGAUAACUCUGCUUGGGUUGAAGCUGGUGCAACCAUCGGUCAACUCUAUUAUAGAAUAGCGCAGAAGAGUAAAAUUCAUGGAUAUCCAGCUGGCCUUUGUCCGAGUGUAGGCGUUGGAGGGCACAUCACAGGAGGUGGUUAUGGUCCUCUCAUGAGAAAAUAUGGCCUUGCAGCGGAUAACGUAGUUGACGUUCAGCUGGUUAAUGCUAAUGGAAUAAUUCUUGAUCGAAAAUCCAUGGGUGAAGAUUUGUUUUGGGCCAUCAGAGGAGGCACAGGGGGGAGUUUUGGGAUCAUUAUCUCGUGGAAGAUAAAUUUAGUUACGGUUCCAUCAACUGUCACAUUUUUCAACGUUGUCAAGACGGCGGAAAAAGAAAAGAUAAAGCUACUGCACAAGUAUCAACAAAUUGCACAUAAAGUUGAUGAAGAUCUUUUCAUCAGAGUCAUUUUUCAAGAUGUGGAUGCAGCUACAAAGGGCGAAAAAACAGUACAGACAUCUUAUAAUGCAUUGUUUCUUGGCGGAACUGACAGACUACUCAAGGUCAUGAACGAGAGCUUUCCGGAAUUGGGAUUAAAGAAAGAAGACUGUAACGAGAUGAGCUGGCUUGAUUCUGUUCUUUCCAUAUCCGCGUCAUCUGGAUACAAUACAAGUUUAGAAGCCCUGAUUGAAGGUAGACCUCCAGCCAGACUUUCUUUCAAAGCAAAGUCUGAUUAUGUGCAAAAACCAAUCUCAAAAACAGGACUUAAAGGUCUAUUAAACAGGUUUCUUGAGGAGGAUAGUCCUUUCAUGAUAUGGACUCCAUAUGGUGGAAAGAUGAGCCAAAUUUCAGAAUCCGAAAUUCCUUUCCCUCACAGGAAAGGCAACAGGUUCAUGAUUCAGUACAUCACAGGCUGGUUCACUGACGAUAAAGACGUGGAAGCGAAACACAUUGGUUGGAUGCGCAAUCUCUACAGCUACAUGGAGAGAUAUGUUUCAAGGUCUCCGAGAGCUGCAUAUGUGAAUUACAGAGAUCUUGAUUUGGGAAUGAACAAAGAUCGAUCCACAAGUUUCCUAGAGGCAAGUUCCUGGGGUACAAAGUAUUUUAAAAGCAAUUUCGAAAGAUUAGCAAGCAUAAAGAGUAAGGUCGAUCCGGAUAACUUUUUCUUCCAUGAACAAAGCAUCCCAAGAUUAAUGUAAAAAUUUUAGAGGGUACAUCGACUCUCAGGUUAAACUUUACAUCGUUCGGCGUUGACAAAUAUAUCUGCUAAGACUGCUAUUGUUUGUUGUUUAAAUUAUGAAAAAUGAAAUCUGUCAUUCUGAUAUGUUUAAGUAGUAUUGUUUAUUUCAGCUUCCAGUAAUUCCUUUCUUGCGUUCACGCACCGAAAAUUACUUGGUAAGCAAUUUUUUUUAUGUUUUUUCCCCGACAAAGAGUGGACAGAGAGGAUUGAUUAU